UUUUGCGCGACGUUUUUUUGUUGGCGUCUUUUUCCGUUUUUCUUCACAGAAUCUUGCUCAAAAAUGUUGUAUAGUUUGUAGAAUAGCGUGAGAAGUUGUUGAAAAAGUGCCUAAGCAGUGCCUUAAUGUCUCUGCGUGAGAGAAUUUGGGGGAAAAUGAGUGAGAGUGAGAAAAAUCGAAGAUUGAGGUUGGAACAGGUGAGGCAGCAGUCCAAGAAGAUGGCUCACAGCAUCCGGCAGAGAGUGUCGUCUGAGAAGCAGAAGCAGGAAGAGAAGAUUAGAAUCGCGAAGGCUGAGGAAAUGAACAAGUGGAAGAGGAGGCAAUUUGAGCAGAAGGGAAAGCAAUUUGCGGGGACUUUGGCGCUCGUUGGCGAGGCUCAUGCGGCUGCGGAGAAGGAGAAGCUCCUUCCAGCUGUGCCCAGGGCGAGGAAGAAGCCUCCGGAGAAGGUGAAGAAGGCCAAAAUUGCAGCCAAAUCGACAGAAACUCAAACUUCACCAAGAGAAGAGCCAGAAGUCAUCAGUCUGACGACUUCCACAUCUGAGAGUGAUUCCAGCACACUUGUCGAUGAUCUUCAGCUGAUCAGCUCUUCAGACAGUCUUGAGAAACUGCUAUGUGAGAUUUCCAACUCGAAAAAUCCACAGUCGAAGCGAGAUACUGUUGUUGACUUGAAGAAAUCUUCGGAUAAAGUGGUCUUUUCUGAAGUUUCCAACUUGAUCAAGAGGAAAAACGGAGUGCAACGAGGUUUGGAAGGAAGUUUGCAAGGCAAUAGGGAGAGUUUCUUCUCUGGCGUGAAUCUGGAGCGUGUGGAAGACAAGAUGAAGUUGGGAAAAAGCCCGCCAUCGAGAGAUUUGAGCAAUGUUCUGGGCGAGAAUCGUGUGGCGAAGAAAAUCGCUGAAAGUCCUCAAACAAUUCAUCAUUACGACCACAGAAAUCGCUUUCACAAGAACUAUAUUCCUCAGGGGAACAUCGUGACCAAGGCUGGAUCUUCGAGGAACCAAAAUGCAAUGGAAAAUGCGCGGGAAGAAGUGCAGAGAAUGAAAUACUCAGCAAAGCUGAAAGACGUGGAAAAUGAGGAGCGAAGGCGCGUGCAGAAGAUGCGAUCGAAUCAAGCGCUGGAGAAGGAACGUCUUCGGCGGAAUUACGAGGAUUUGCUGGCGAAAGUUGAUGAACUUCUGGACAGGGAGGAAAAUGCCGAGGGAGAAGAUCUUGUUCUGCGUUCUGAAGACACUUCAGAGCCCAUAGAUGUUGACACAACGAAGAAAACUAUUGGAAAGAAGACUGAAAGCAAUGAUAUUGAUGUGGAUUUGAAUCUCAUGGAUAUUCUGGGGAAGAUUUUGCACAAACUUGAUGAGAAUAAGAUGCAAAUUGUGGAGGAAAUUAUGAGCAAGACUCGCGAGAAUAGAGAAUUAACUGUUGUGGGAAGUGUUGAGAGUCACAAGGAAGUUGCUGUGCAAUCGGAAAUCAUGCAGCCGGAAAAGGACACAGAAGAAGUGGAGAUUCAAACUGUCGGACAAUCUGACAAGGUGGAAAUUGUGCCCACAAUCACUGAAAAUGCGAACAAGAAGCCACAAAUUCAGAUUGUUAUCAAUGUCAAGGAGACUCCGAAGGUGGACAAUUUGAGCAGAAUCCCUGACGAUGUCCAGAAAGUGAUGAACAACGAGAAGAGGAAGCAUUCAGUGACGCAGAUGAAUUUGUCAGAUGCAAUUGGGAAGAAGUAUCCGAAGACACCGGAGAAGAGAAGUGCAAAAAUCCUCAUUGACACAAUAUCUUCAAUCACUUCUGAUGGCUCGAGUCGAUCGACAGUCUAUCACAGUCCGCCGAAUGCGAUUUGCAGUGACUUGUCGCACUUCGUGAGGGGAUUUGGCGAGGAGAAAGUCACGGCAAAGGCGCCGCGGCGGAGAAAAGAGGCUGAAAAGGGCAAGAAAUCGGCAAUGCUGAGGAAGUACAUAAAGCAAUUGGUUGACAUGCCGCGAGCUGAUGUGGAUCUCUUGAGUGUGAGCUCGGGAACUGAAGUGCCAACGCCUAAUUGCUCCGUUGUGAAUGUUCCUGCGAAUGCUGGGACGCAAUCGAAGUGGAUUCCGCUCCGGGAAGAGGGCGAGAAGAAGAGCAAGAGCAAGAAAACCACGAUUUCCACGGAGAUUCAUCCGAAGAAGUGCGCUAGAAGAGCCAGAGAACCGGUCGAAGAGGCUGCUAAAGAGGCGGUGAAGCAACCAGAGGCUCUGAGAGAGGAAUAUGCGGAGCAGACGAAGCGGUACGUGAGGAAAAUCAGCGAGCUAUCCAAGCUGAUAAACAAGGUGCGCAGCGAGAAGAGUCGAUUGGUGGCUGAGAAGGUGGGAAUCUCGUCCGGGAGUGACAAUGGCGUCGACACGUCGACGAAGUACAAGGAUUUCCCGAGUGCGCGCGUGAAUGUGGAGAGCAGCACGGACAUGAGCAGCGUUUCUGAGAUGAAGGAUGACGAAGGACGCGUGUCUGUGAACAACUUGACUGCUUCCAAAGUCAUUGGCGUGAGCAAAGACAGCGGAAUCUCGAUCUCGCGUCCCGUGACGUCGACUGAGAUGCGCGACAGCCCGGAAAUCCGAUGGACGCCGCUGAGGCGGACCAGAGCGCAGGACGAGCUGUCGACCAUUGCUGAGAUGGACACUCUGGGCACAUCCAGGAUCCACGCAUCGCCUCAGGUGAAUGGGCAGUCGAAGGUGGACGAGGCGUUCGAUGAGCUGAAGCACGCGAUUGAGAGGAUCUCGGCAGAUAUUGAGGACUACCAGAAGUUCCCGUCGUUUGAGGAGUACGUGAAGCAUCUGGGCGGGAGUCUGCAGGAUCAGUCGAUGGAGCAGAAGCGGAAGCUGCUGGAGUACUUCAAGGAGCUGUCGCAGGACAUGGUGCUGAAGAACUUCCCGGGAUUCGGGGAGUUUGUGCAGGAGGAAGCGACUGGCGAUGCCGAGAGUGCAGAUCUCGAGGGUGCGUCGGAGUUCACGCUGCCCGACGUGGUGGCGGAGCUGAUCCAGCGCAAGGUGAUGGAUCAGCCGUUCCGGAAUCCGUCGGAGGAGAGGACAAACACUCAAGUGCUGCCCAGCAGCUCGGGCAGCAGCAUAAAUCUCGAGGCGGAUUUCAGGAAGUUGGGACUCGGAUGGGCGGCAAAUAUGCUGGAGAGGACGCACGAGCGUCAGCAAUUGUCCAGCAGCGACAGUUCCACGCAACUCAACAUCAUUCCGAAUCUCACGAACGCCACGCACUCAAUUGACGAGUCACGCGUGAUGGGAAAGCCUCUCAAUCUGCGGGAUUUCUUCAAUCGUGAGCUGGAGAAGAAGGCGAAACAGGACAAUUCAUACUCUGCCGAUGGAUCGAGCUUGACAAACACGCUGCUCAAGUCGCUGCUCGAUGCGGAAGUUGAGAAUCACAUUCACAGGACAUCAACGCCAGUUGCGCUUGGAGGGAAGAAAUCCACUGAGAAGCACUCGAAAAACUCAUCAAGCUCAAUGAUUUCCUCCGAGAGCAAACUCUCGUCCAUUGGGAGCUUGAAGGAGUAGAAAUUGUACAACG